CCCGCCAGGCUCCUCCGUCCAUGGGAUUCUCCAGGCAAGAAUACUGGAGUGGGUUGGCCAUUCCCUUCUUCAGGGGAUCCUCUCGACCCAGGGAUGGAAGCUGCAUCUCCUGCAUUGGCAGGCGGAUUCUUUGCUAUUGAGCCAGCUGGGAGGUUCCCGACGCCCACCUUCUUCAAAUCCACCACUCCGCCUGUACCUGCUGGCCCCUCCUGCCCACUCCUCUCGGGCUGAGUGAUUGUGGGAACUUCCUUGCUGGGCUCGGCGUUGACUUGAGGGUCUUCUCAUUGGAUGUGCUGCCUUGUUUUCGUUCUUAAUUCUCUGGGACUCUCACAGUUCAGACUCGGUCUUUGUGAUUCCAUCGUGCACUCUUCGCAUGGCAGAGCCAGUGUUGGAGUUGGUGGGAUCUGCAAACCACGACCACCUGUGAGCUCAGCAGUUUGUGAACGAGUGUCAGGAUUCAGUACUCCCAGGGUUCACUCACGUGCCAGGCCCAGUGGAUGCUGACGCAAAAGAUAAACAUGCCCUUAGUUUAAAACCCACUGUAGGCACCAAAUCUGAAGAAUCACUUCCUGGCUUACUUCCCUUCAUGUGACACGUGACUUCUGUCUUGGCUGUGGAUUCCUCCCCACCCGUCCCCUCUGCCUGAAAUGAAUGGGGACGUGUCUAAGGCCUGCCUGGCCAAGCUGGUCAUUGGACCCUGGCCAUCAGGGAAAGAGUCACAGCGUCCUGACCCCAAGUCCCAGAUUCUUCCUGCUUGAGAUCCGAAUGAUCUAACCGGUUUCUGAUUUCCACAUGUAGACUGAGCUUUUCGGCCAGGGGUGCUUCGUGAAGAUACAUGUAUUCGACUGUGGCUCCUGAUGCUGCCCAAGAGAAAAUUACCGGAGGCUCUUGGGUGUGUCGUGUUUCAGGGCAGAAACGCUAAAGAUGGAAGCCACUGCCCAGCUUCUGAUCAGAAGGCCCAGAUCAGGGGGAAGGGGACAUUCCUCUGCUAGGUACUGGUUGGCUGUUUUUGCUGGCGAGACUCAUAGAGUCUGUCAACUCGGGUUUGUCCUUGGCCUCUGUAGUUUGCAUGGAAUGCAUGCAGACAUUUUACCAUGUCCAUGUUGCUGGUGUAUGCAUGCGUGCGUGUAUGCAUAUGUGUAUAAUCUCUCUAUAAUAGAUGUGCAUGCGUACAUUUUUCUAGCUAGUGAGACACGUGGCUUCACCUUCUGUUGUCCCCAGGCCUGCCCAUUCCAGGAUUGUGGGUCCUCCUUUGGCUGACCCUCCCUGCUGAGGUCGCCCCAGAGGAUUCAUACCUGUUUAUCUGUGUGUGGCCGGAAGCCAUGGCACACAGGCCUCCCCUCCCGGCUGGAGGUCGAGUGAGUGUGUUUACUGGUGUGCCGGCAGUUCAGAGAGCUCCAGAGAUUUCCGCAAAAGACAGCAAAAGGGGAGUCUGAGCCGUGUGCUUUCUCCUGCUGGUGCCCGCUAGGGGCUGGCAUGGUCAGCCUCGAGUACUUGGUCAGCUGCCUCUGUCUUAUCCCGAAUGGUCCUUAGGGUGUGGUUCAGCCUGCCUCCCCAGCAGCGCCUGAAGUCUCCGCUGCUCCCUCUCUGGGCCCUUUGGAAGGGCCAUCGAAGGUUCUGGAAUUUGUGAUCUAAGCUCACCAAUCCUUGACGCAGGGCGUGGGAAGGGUUUUGCUGCCUGGUAGUAUUUUAGCUGUUGGCAUCUUGUGGAGAUUGGGAUUGGAGGCAUUGGAACAGUUGCUUUUGGACCUGGCGGGGGCGGGGGGAGCCAUGUGCCCGCUUCUAAUUGCAAGACGCAGCUGCUUGGGGGGGGGGGUGUUCCAUUUUUGAGCCCGGGUGGAGGGAAGAUAGUGAGUUUGGUGGCGGGGUUGGGGGGCACGGUUGUUCCCGUCCUUGCCUCUCCCUUUUCUGGGGUGUGGGGAGCAAAAAUAGUUGAACUGGGUGAUUCAGCGUGUCGGAUCUCAGGAGCGCACGGGGCGGGGAUGGGGCCACGCACAGCGGAAGGCUGCCUGGCUUUCGGGUGUCAGGAGGGCUGUGCUUCUGACAUCCUCUCAGAGGCUGGGUCUUCUUGAGAAUGUGUGGGCAGGAAGAUGCCUCGAGGUCACUGUGGGCUCCAAAUGGUCUCUGGAUGGUCCUUGGGGGUAUGGCAGUGGAUGGGGCCUUAAGCCCAGAGAUGUUCUUGCAGGCUCCUCCCUCUCUGCUGCCUGGCAUCAGGUACCCACGGUUGUUCCUCUCUAAACCCAGCCCGGCCCAGGCUGCGAUGAGGGAUGCCAAGCAGCCCCUUCCACCUGUGUUGGGAUUCCCACCUCCCAGCCAGGUAGAGGACGGCUGUUUGCAGCAUGUGGCCCCAGUAAAGGCCAAAAUGGAUGGGAGCUAUGUUUUUAUGGCCCCCUUGGAAUGACCCUGAAGGAAGGCUUGAAACACAGCUGUGCAAACCCCUUGAGACUUCAUUUCUCCUUUUCCUUGCUUCUUUUCAAAAGGAUACUUACCCAUGUAUCCCCAAGCCCAAACCCACGGUAGUCAGGCCUUCCUGAUGGGUGUUCAGACUCGUGUGACUAAAUUUGAUUCCAGUAGUGGGAACUGGGACUUGGGGAGUCCCAGCUCCCAUAGAGGGUUUCACCUCUCUGUGCACCGAACACUCUGGUGCAGUGACCCAGCCGUGCCUCACACCCACUCAUCCAGGGCUGGGGACCUGACCUUGGGCUUGAAGGUUCUCAUGGUGACUUGCCGUGUCCACUUCCCUUUCUGCUUUGACUUACUGUUACAUAUUUUAUAAUGAAAUGCAGAACAAGUUCUAGUCUUUUCUGGUUCCCAGAACUUGGUUAUUAAAAACUAAGAAAAAGACAUGAAAUAAUACCUGUAGAGUGAAGGAAUUUAUCCCCCACCCCACUACCCCUCCCCGGGGACCCAUAUAGCUCUGAAACUGAGUAACAAAGAAGACUGCUUAGAAUCUGUCUUGUCUCUUCCCCCUGUCUCAGCCACUCCCCCACUCCCUACCUCCUCCCUUGUUCCUCCCCAAAAAGGAAGAGAGAGAAAGAACACAGAGGAUGGGAAAGCUAGGGCUUGUCGGGUGAGUACCGGCUGCCUGUCUCAUUUAAGGUAGCACUCUGCUUCUUUCAAAUAGGAAAUUGCCAAAAUGGAUGUCAUCGGCUGCUAAUUAGAUGUAUUUUAACUGCAGGAUCGUUUUACCAGCUAAUACCCUUAUUAUGUGCUUCACUGUGAACCCGUGGUGGAGCUGUUAAAAUAGGAGCCUGUGGCCCUGGCAGAAGGCUCAGGGAGGCUGCGGGAUCCAUGGAGCCCUUUCCCUCUGUGGCCCCACAGGGGCCACACCGGACUCCGUGCUGGAGGCUGAGUUCACUCGCCUCCCGGAGAGGUCCCCAUCUUCCCCAGUGACUACCUGUCUUAGGUGAUUUGACCAGGGCCUCAGUAGAGGAGGCCGUGAGUUCUCUGGGUUGAAGACCCCGAGAAUCACACCCUCUCUUGUUCUAGACAUCAUGGUCCCCUGCCUUUGGCCUCGAAGCAACAAAUGACCAUGUACUGUAGAUAGACCUGGCAACUCAAGGCCGUAUCCUCGUCAUGAGGUGCCCCAGAUAGGCAGGCCAGAACCUCCAGCGCUGGGUUUUCAAGUCUAAGCUGGCCUCCCUCCGUCUUCCCUCUACCAAACCAGACCGGUGGCUUGCUCAGUCGGGUCCAACUCCUUGCGACCCCAUGGACUGUAGCCCACCAGGCUCCUCUAUCCAUGGGAUUUUCCAGGCAAGACUACUGGAGUGGGUUGCCAUUUCCUUCUCCACUACCGAACCGGAAGGAGUCCCGAUUCCCCAUCAGGGUUGAAGGGGGGCUGGGCUAGGACCAGAAUCAGGAUUCUUCAGUGAGAGCACAGCAUUUGACUUCUGUGAUUUCUCUCUUUCUCUCUCCUCUCGACCCCCUCUGCCCUGCUUAAUACAUAGCUUUUUUUUUUUAAAUCAUCCUUAAGACAAAGUAGCUGGCAAAAUAUUGAAGCGAUCAGAAAGAAAUGUUUUUAUUUGCCUGGGUGCGAAUUGGGUUAUCUGCCUAUCUUGUUUAUGAAAUUCGGGGCUGCCUUUCCUGCAGUCUGUUCGCCUCUCAAAUCUUUCCCGGCUCCCAUUUCCAUAUUUCUGCGUGCAUGUUCUUUGUUAAUCACUUGGCAAGUGCUUAUUUGAAUAUUAAAAAUUUCUUUAAUCAUCAAAGGCAGGAGCACAGUCUCAUGAAUAUUCAUAUUUUCCCCCUCCUCAGACUGGUGUCUCGUUCAUUACCCUGCAGUAAAAGCCAAACAGCCAUCAAUCGCCCUCAUUAUAGGCUCUGGCCGUUGUGAUUGGCUGCUGCUGCCCAGAGCUUUUUUUUUUUUUUUUUAAUUUUUUUCCUCUUCUCCUAUGAGCUGUCUUGUACCUGCCAGCAGCAGCCCCCCCACCUCUAAAAAAAAACCAAAAUCAACAAUGCAAGAAUAAAUUUCUCUGGUUGAAAAACAACUCUGCAAACUUGUCAAACAGUCCUCGUGGUUUGCUGCCACUGAAGUGGCCACCAGCGCUACCUGCCCCCACCUGCAAAACAAAACAAAACAAAACAAGAAAACCAAACCAAACAACCAGGAAAAAAAAAGUGUGUGUUGUGGUGGGGGGGGGGGGGGGGGGAGAAAUUAAAUAAAUAAAUAAAAAGGAAGAAACUUGAGCCUCAGAGAUGAAUAUUUGUCAAGAGAGUUGACGUAAGUCUCAUUUGCAUAAUGACUUUGUACUUCUGCAUUAAUAAAAUUUGCAUAUGAAGCCAUGUUAAUUACUCCUGAUCAUGCUUUUUGCAUUCAUGCAUAGUAAUUUUCUCCGACUUGUGAGAAUUAAUGUCUUGGCAUGGGGGGAGGGGGCGCGGGGACCGUCAGGUUUGCUUGCCAGUGGUCCGCACUCACACACACUCGCUCCCUGUCUGUCUCCCCUCCUUGAUCUAUGACUCAUUUUUGCACUAUCGGUAGGAGUUCUUGGCUUAAAAAAUGUAUCAAUUGAAAGGCAGCAGUAGGGAGAAAAAUAUACAUCUCCUGUACCCGUGUAUUCUAGAGCUCCUCUUUGCUAGCUAGGGAUCUGUAACCCUCCCAUGUGGGAGGGGAUACGAGGAUGCAGCGAUGGGAAAAAGGCGAGCCUUCGCCUCGAAACCAGGCUGGGGCUUUUCCAGGCGUUUUUUUUUGUGUCUGCCUCGGUCGGUGUGGGCGUGUUUGCUGGGUACUGCGCAUGUGUGCGGAGUGAGGGCGGAGGACCAUCUGCAGGGCCCCCCCGCCAGAAGGGACAUGGUCACAGACUCCCCCACCGGAGGGAGGCAUUCAGAAUCACCCGGAUUUGGAGCUUCGGAAACGUUUUAGGGGUCUUGUUUCUGGACAUUUUGUCCCUCCUUGUUUGCAUGGAGCGACAGUCCCGCCCCUCUGGGCUUGGUGGUCUCGGACAUCCAGCCUCAGUUUUCCUUGUUUGUGGACAGGAGGCUCCUGAUAGCCAUCUGAUGGGAAAGCUAUUGGGCUUCAACGAGAUGACGUGUGCAGCCAUUGUUGGCUUCUCUUUCCUGUAAGGAAAGUGAACUUCCACGACAAGGAGUGAGCCAGCAGAGGUCUUAUUUCUAAGCCACCUCGGAUCCCUCGUAAAGCCGAGAUGGCGUCUGGGCGUCCCUCCACCGCAUACCUCGGUGCACGUGUGUCUCUAACAGGUCCAGAGGGGAGCCGGCCUGGACCUCAGAAGAAAGCGUCUUUUUAAAAGGAGUGCCUUGCAGGGCUUUGUAGGGGGCCAUCGCUGCCGGGUUGUGGCGGGGGGAGGCGGAGACCCAUAGGGAGUUAGGGAAAGUUCCAGAACGGAAAAUAAAUGCAUGAUAGUGACGGUUAUUGGGUGUUUACUGGCAGCCUGGCUCUGGCCAGGCGUGUCCUGACCUUCCUUAAAAGGCGAGGCUCUGAGACGGUGACUCAGCCCGGGUCACGCGGCCGGGAGAUGGCAGAGCCGAAGCCGGACUCUGAGGCAGCCGGGCCUCUGCGCUCCGGGCUUCCUCCGCCUGUCUGUAGGUGUAUAGUCUGGUCACAGGGUCGAGUGCUCUGUCCAGGGCAUUCUGGAUUCCCUGGCUGCAUUUUGCGAGGUAGCCACCCCCAGGGCUGGGAGGUGGUUUGGGACAGAUGCUGUGGCCAGUCUUCAUGUCGGGCUUAAAACAAAAAAACUGAGAUAAGGUUCACAUAAUGUACGAUGCACCGGUUUGAGGUGCGCAGUCGCUGGUUUUGAGUUUGUUCACAAGGAUGGCCGUGCAGCUGUCAGCACACGGAGGCCAGAGUGGCCCUGCUCACUAGCCCUGACCUCCCGCCGCCCACCCCGUUCUGGGCCCCUGAUAGCCACUCCUCUCCUUUUCCGGCGUCUCCCUGAAUUUGCUCUUCUGGACACUUCCUGUCAUCAUACAAUAGGUGGCUCCUCGUAUCAUCUUUGGCUUUUGCAGCUUCAGAAAGAGGCUGUUUUGGAGUUCCGCCUGUGGGCGGGGUUCUGGUUUAAGCUGCUCUGGGUGGGAUAGGGGGACCUCCCCCAGGGCAGAGGGGUCUUAUGAGAGCACCCUGAGAGGCCUCUGCGGGCUGCUUAGGAUUGGAAGCCCCCGCGCCCUUGCUGCGCCCUCCUCUGCCUCCAUGGAGCGGCUCCUCGGAGCAGGUGGACUUCGAGGAGGCCAGAAGUCUAAUGACGUCACCCGGGAGCCCCUCUGGGGGCGGCCCGGCCCCCCACCCCUGUCGGAGUUGGAGGAUGACUUUGACUGUACAGACUCUGGCCUCACGAAGCCCGACCUUUCCAGAAGGAGAGGGGUGUGGCUGGACCUGCCCUUUGGUCUUUCCUCCCGACCACGGACACACAGGCUCUGCUCCCUUCCAGCUUGGGACCGGGCGCUUGUUACCUGGGCGCUCCGGCUGGUUUUCUCAGCCGUGGGAAACGGUGGUGGCUGUGUGCUGUGGCCUCACCCAGAACCUGGGGGCCGGAAGUUGUUCUUUGCAACCUCCGGAGGCCCGACUCAGCCCAAGGACCCUCCGGCUUCCUCCCAACCUUCAUGGCCUUGCCUCUCAGGAUCCUGGGGCGCCCUGGUCCCCCGCAUCCCUGCUGCAGCCCCCCCCCCCACCUCCCAGAGGAGGCAGGGCACUUCCACACUUGGGAGACACUCCGGGUUCAAGUCCAGACCUCCCCAAGCCUCAGUCCCCCUCACCCCCGCCCCCUAGAUUGGAGGUGGUCUUCCCUACGGAGCGGGGUGUUCGUGGUGAAGUGAGUCCAGCUCCUUGUGACAGGUGCUCCGCACAAAGCCACUGCCUUCCGUGGUGUGAAGGCAGGUGUGGGCAAGGAUGAACAUACUGUCUCCAGCGCCGGGGAGUUUCGGGCAAGGGUCAGGCAGGGCAGGCUUCUGGGAGGAGUUCGGGGACACUGGUUUCAGAUUAGCUGACCUUUCUUGAGGUUCCUGCAUCAAAUCUGGGGCAUGGCCUUCCGCUCAGCAUUUGUGGCUGGAACAGCACACCAGGUCUUGGCCACACCUUCCAGGGCUGUCAUGGGCUCAGAAAUGGCUCGGCCCAGAGACUAACCUAGCACACGGUCUUCACUGGCCUAGAAGGACCAGGUGUUGGUAUGGGUGUUAAGCUUUGACCUCUUGGCAGGACACAUGCAGGUGGUCUUCACAUGCUCUGAUACUCCUGGUCCAAGAUAAUACCCGUUUUGGAGACCCAGGAGGUACCGAGUUCUGGAGCCCCAGUUCUGGAGCCAGGCAGCCAGCAGGGUUUUGGUGGGUCUGGCUGCUGGCGUCUGCAGUUUUCUGCGGUCAUGUCAUCAGUUUCCUGGUCUGUGCAAUGGGCCUGCUGAGCCCUGCCUCCAGGGCAUGCUGGGAAGCUCACUCCUGAUGAAGAUUGGCAGGCUGCUGGCUUGCAGAGAGUUUGCAGGGCUCUGUGGCUCCCUCGUGGUGGCUGUAGAGUGGGCACAUCCCCACCCCCCCAGACCUGUGCGGGGCCCUGAGCAGUCUGGGGGUGGGGGAGCGUCCCUGGCAGAGCCGCCCCGGAGCCCAGCUGCCCGUCAUCUUGUUGAUGUUUUCCUUUUGUCUCUCUGAUGCUUCCCUGCUCAAUUAUUUACCCAGGGAAUUUGGGCUUCUUCACUUGUGGUUUUGGCAAGGGCUUCACACAAAUGUUUUGCCCUGGUGGUCUCUUAGCCAUUUAAGAUAAACGGCCAAAUCAAACGCAGGCCUUGCUGGGGAGCCCAGGCGAGCUGUGGGGCUGGGCGGAGACCGGCAGGCCCUUGGCCGGGCGUCGCGGCUGUCAGACACGGGGAGGUGUGAAGAGGGGGUGCCGAGCGGUGCCAGGGCUCUUUGGGGCGGCGGAGGGGGGGCCAAGGUUCAAAGCCUUUGAAAAGACCUUGGGGCUUGGGUGCUGCGUGUCGGUGUCAGUUGCUCUGGGUUGUAAAGGGCACCGGCUGGCCCUCCUCCAGGCGGGAGGCUGGGCAGUGCCCAGGCGCUGGGAGGGGACCACCUGGAGGUGUCCCAGGCUUGCACAGACGGCCCAUCCUGACAGAGCACACAGUGGCGGCCUGGGACUUCCCGGCUCUUCCGGGGGAGGGGGGGUGGCCCAGAUGUGGGAGGGAACAGAUCCCCCAGUGGAGUCUGCUCCGGGACACACCAGAAGCCCCGACCUGGGGAGACCUUCGCGGGAUCAGGGGUCCUGACUGCCCCUGGGGCCGUGCAGGCCUGCCCAGCUGCCAGCGAUGGCCCCCAUAGCUGCCUCCUCCUCCCACCCUCACCCAUCCGCGAUCACUUCGCCUCUGCGCGCCCUGGGCGCUCUGCCGCCCUGCGUCCCCCUGCCGUGCUGCAGCGCGCUCCCUGUCUCGGGUGACGGGACUCAGGGUGAGGGUCAGACGGAGGCUCCCUUUGGAUGUCAGUGUCAGUUGUCAGGUAAAGAUGAGCCUUCCAGCUACAUUUGCACAACAUGCAAGCAGCCCUUCAACAGCGCGUGGUUCCUGCUGCAGCACGCGCAGAACACGCACGGCUUUCGCAUCUACCUGGAGCCCGGGCCAGCCAGCAGCUCGCUCACGCCGCGGCUCACCAUCCCGCCGCCACUGGGGCCCGAGGCCGUGGCCCAGUCCCCACUCAUGAAUUUCCUGGGCGACAGCAACCCCUUCAACCUGCUGCGCAUGACGGGCCCCAUCCUGCGGGACCACCCGGGCUUCGGCGAGGGCCGCCUGCCGGGCACGCCGCCGCUCUUCAGCCCGCCGCCGCGCCACCACCUGGACCCGCACCGCCUCAGCGCCGAGGAGAUGGGGCUUGUCGCCCAGCACCCCAGUGCCUUCGACCGAGUCAUGCGCCUGAACCCCAUGGCCAUCGACUCGCCCGCCAUGGACUUCUCGCGGCGGCUCCGCGAGCUGGCGGGCAACAGCUCCACGCCGCCACCCGUGUCCCCGGGCCGCGGCAACCCUAUGCACCGGCUCCUGAACCCCUUCCAGCCCAGCCCCAAGUCCCCGUUCCUGAGCACGCCGCCGCUGCCGCCCAUGCCCCCCGGCGGCACGCCGCCGCCACAGCCGCCGGCCAAGAGCAAGUCGUGUGAGUUCUGCGGCAAAACCUUCAAGUUCCAGAGCAAUCUCAUCGUGCACCGGCGCAGCCACACGGGCGAGAAGCCCUACAAGUGCCAGUUGUGCGACCACGCGUGCUCGCAGGCGAGCAAGCUCAAGCGCCACAUGAAGACGCACAUGCACAAGGCCGGCUCGCUGGCCGGCCGCUCCGACGAUGGGCUCUCGGCCGCCAGCUCCCCGGAGCCCGGCACCAGCGAGCUGACCGGCGAGGGCCUCAAGGCGGCCGACGGCGACUUCCGCCACCACGAGAGCGACCCGUCGCUGGGCCAUGAGCCCGAGGAGGAGGACGAAGAGGAGGAGGAGGAGGAGGAGGAGCUGCUGCUGGAGAACGAGAGCCGGCCCGAGUCGAGCUUCAGCAUGGACUCAGAGCUGAGCCGCAACCGGGAGAACGGCGGCGGCGGCGGCGGCGGGGUGGCUGGCGUGCCGGGCGCGGGCGGCGGCGCCGCGGCCAAGGCGCUGGCCGACGAGAAGGCGCUGGUGCUGGGCAAGGUCAUGGAGAACGUGGGCCUGGGUGCGCUGCCGCCCUACGGCGACCUGCUGGCCGACAAGCAGAAGCGCGGCUCCUUCCUGAAGCGCGCGGCCGGCGGCGGCGGGGGCGGCGGGGACCCGGGCGACGACGACGACGCCGGGGGCUGCGGCGACGCGGGCCCCGGGGGCGCGGUCAACGGGCGCGGCGGCGGCUUCGCGCCGGGCACCGAGCCCUUCCCGGGCCUCUUCCCGCGCAAGCCGGCGCCGCUGCCCAGUCCCGGCCUCAACAGCGCGGCCAAGCGCAUCAAGGUGGAGAAGGACCUAGAGCUGCCGCCUGCCGCGCUCAUCCCGUCGGAGAACGUGUACUCGCAGUGGCUGGUGGGCUACGCGGCGUCGCGGCACUUCAUGAAGGACCCCUUCCUGGGCUUCACGGACGCGCGCCAGUCGCCCUUCGCCACGUCGUCCGAGCACUCGUCCGAGAACGGCAGCCUGCGCUUCUCCACGCCGCCCGGGGACCUGCUGGACGGCGGGCUGUCGGGCCGCAGCGGCACGGCCAGCGGGGGCAGCACGCCGCACCUGGGCGGCCCGGGCCCCGGGCGGCCGAGCUCCAAGGAGGGCCGGCGCAGCGACACGUGCGAGUACUGCGGCAAGGUGUUCAAGAACUGCAGCAACCUGACGGUGCACCGACGGAGCCACACCGGCGAGCGGCCUUACAAGUGCGAGCUGUGCAACUACGCCUGCGCGCAGAGCAGCAAGCUCACGCGCCACAUGAAGACGCACGGGCAGAUCGGCAAGGAGGUGUACCGCUGCGACAUCUGCCAAAUGCCCUUCAGCGUCUAUAGCACCCUGGAGAAACACAUGAAAAAGUGGCACGGCGAGCACUUGCUGACUAACGACGUCAAAAUCGAGCAGGCGGAGAGGAGCUAAGCGCGUGUGCGCAUGUGUGUGUGCGCGCGCAUGCGCGCGGGGGCCCGGGCCCCACCCCGCGCACCUGUACAGUCGCCCCGUCGCCAAGCGAGAGAAUGCUGACCUGACACUUGCCUCCGCGUCACCGCCGCUCGGCGCCCCCCGCGGGUCCCCGGGGCCCAGGGGAGGCGGCCCUCCAACCUAACCUGUGUCUGCGAAGUCCUAUGGAAACCCGAGGGUUGAUUAAGGCAGUAAAAGCAAACAAACAAACAAAAAUUGUGGAGCCUUUUAACUGUGCAAUAAUUUCUGUAUUUAUUGGGUUUUGUAAUUGUUUUGGCAUGUGCAGGUACUUUUUAUUGUUAUUCUUUCUGUUGAAAUUCCUUUAAGAGAUUUUGUUGGGUAUCCAUCCCUUCUUUAGUUGGUUUUUUUUUUCUUCUUCUUCUUUAACCCAGUAGUAGCCUGAGCGAUGACUCCUGGGCUCUGUAGAGGGGAAGCUAUCUUUUAAAUUAUAAUUUGGGGGGGGGGGAGGGCGCUGCUUUUUUUGAAAUCUAAGCUAAGCAUGUGUAAUUUCUUGUGAAGAAGCCAACACUUAAAUGACUUUUAAAGUUGUUUACUUUUUUAUUCCUUCUUUUUUUUGUCCUGAAAUAAAAAGUGGCAUGCAUUUUUGGGGGGGAGGGGGGUGGAUGUACAGCGGAUAACAAUCUUUAAAGUUGUAGCACUUUGUUUCAGAAUUGGAAUGGAGAUGUAGCACUGAUGAUGUCCUGAGUAAGGGAGGCCUUUUCUGUGUUGACUUCAACCUUGCCAUACAUAAGGAAAUCUUUGAAUGGUGGGCUUUCCCUCCCCCCCACCUCCCCAAAUACUCAGCACUGCCAGAGAAACAGGAGUUUUUGAGGACUUUACCCCAGGAAAUGGCCCAAGAGCGUUCUAAAAUUGUGCAUUCCCAGCAGAUCCCAUCUGUUUCUUGGAAUGUCGGUGUGCCCUGGAAUGCCAUCUCUGCUAUUUGCCAUAGAUUAGACUAAAUAAAAUAGGCUGAGGGUACUUUGGGGGGUAGAUAGAUGGUGGUGGCCUGCAGUAACACAGAAAGAAAAGAAACCAGCCGUGUUCUUUCAGGCUUCUUCUGGCUUGACCGUUUCUCUCUCUCUUUUUAUCACCCUCACCACAGACAUCCUAAGUCAUCCCUUGCUACCAGUGACAACAGACCGUUUCUCAAGCAGACAAGUGUCCUGAUGGUGACUUGAGGGAAGUUAGUAUUCUCUCAUGCAAUGCACACUGAUGACAUUAUACGGAUGGGGUGGGGAAUCUUGCCAAUUUCAGUUCCCUUUUACUGCAAAGCGGGAAGAGUUCCAUCCGAAGGUGCCCAGCGCUACUUCCCAGUUUUUGUGUUUUUUUUCUAUCCCGUUAGGUUGGAAGGUACUAAACAUUGGACUGUUCAGAUUAGACAUUUGAAUUCUGUUGACCCGCACUUUAAAGCUUUUGUUUGCAUUUAAAUUAAAUGGCUUCUCAACAAGAAAUUGCAGCAUCUUCUUCUUUUUGGCCCAGAGGUGGGUUAAACUGUAAGGGAUGGCUGAGAUUGAGUGUCAGUAUUGCUAAGCGUGGCAUUCACAGUACUGGCACUAUAAAGAACAAAAUAAAAUAAUAAUUUAUUGGACAGUGUUUCUACUGCCAUUCAAUUUGAUGUGAGUGCCUUGAAAACUGAUCUUCCUAUUUGAGUCUCUUGAGACAAAUGCAAAACUUUUUUUUUUCUUUUGCAAUGAAAAGACUUUUUUAAAAAAAGUAAAACAAGAAAAGUACAUUUCUUUAGAAACAAAGCCACAUUUACUUUAAAUAAAUUUUCAAAAAUCCUGGUUGAAGACGUGAAAAUGCCAUAAGACCCAAUCAAAUGAAGAAAUAAACCCAGCACAACCCUGGAUAUCCAUUAGCUGAAUUAACCUCAGCCCCUUUUGCCUGUGGGACAACGCUGCUUAGAUGUGGAGUGGAGGUGACUUACUGCUGAAUUAAAACUCAAGUGACACAAGGUACAAGUUGAUAUUGUUGAAUGAAAAAACAAUUCAGGAACAAUGGCUAAUUUUUUUCUAAAGUUAAAUUUAGUGCACUCUGUCUUAAAAAUACGUUUACAGUAUUGGAUACAUACAAGGGUAAAAAAAAAAUUGUGUGUAUGUGUGUUGGAGCGAUCGUUUUUUUCAAAGUUUGCUUAAUAGGUUAUUAAAAAAAAUGCCACAGUGGCUGCGUGUAUAUUGUUUUCUUUUGGUGACGGGGUUUUAGUAUAUAUUAUAUAUAUGAAAAUUUCUUGAUUACUGUAAAAGUGGACCAGUAUUUGUAAUAAUCGAGAAUGCCUGGGCAUUUGACAAAACAAGAAAAAAAAAAACCCUUUUCUUUUCCUUGAAAAUGUUGCAGUAAAAUUUAAAUGGUGGGUCUAUAAUAAUUUGUUCUUGUCACAGUAACUGUAAAGUCGGAGUUUUAGUAAAUUUUUUUCUGCCUUGGGUGUUGAAUUUUUAUUUCAAAAAAAUGUAUAGAAACUUGUAUUUGGGGAUUAAAAGGGGAUUGCUACACCAUGUAGAAAAAGUAUGUAGAAAAAAAAGUGCUUAAUAUUGUUAUUGCUUUGCAGAAAAAAACCCCCCACAUUUCUGAUCUGUGCUUAAUUCUCUCCUCCCACCUCCCUCUGGAAUGGAUAUAUUGGUUGGUUCAUAUGAUGUAGGCACUUGCUGUAUUUUUACUGGAGCUUGUAAUUUUUUAACUGUAAGCUUGUCCUUUUAAAGGGAUUUAAUGUACCUUUUUGUUAGUGAAUUUGGAAAUAAAAAGAAAAAAAAAACAAAAACAAGCAGGCUGCCAUAAUAUAUUUUUUUAAUUUGGCAGGAUAAAAUAUUGCAAAAAAAAAAAUUUGUAUGUUAAGUCCUAUUGUACAGGAGGAAAAAAAAAAAAAAAAAGGGUUGUUUGACAACCUUCGAGGAAAAGAAACAAAAGGAAGUAGCUAAAUGCUUUGGUUCACAAAUCAUUUUAGUUGUAUAUAUUUUUGUCAGAAUUGGCCUCUACCAAGGACUGUUUGAAAUAGGGCUUCAAUCUGAAUGCCCUGAACCUUGCAUCAAGGCUCCCUGGUGUGGCCACAGCAGACCGGAUGGGAAAUUCUUUAUUCGCGUUGAGUGGAGAAAUCAGUUUUUUUGUCGAGAUGUCGGUACCAUUUCACAGAGCCCUCCCUCCUGUACGAGGCAUCUGUAAAGAUGUCAGACUUGGGGGAGCGAGCGCACGCCUUCUCUUCACCGCCUCCACCUCUCCCACCCUUCAGAGCAGAAAGAAAUGCAAACCGAGCUUUCUCUAGUCCUUGAGAGAACGUCAAGCAAGCAAGCAACACAAGACAAAAAAAUGUAAUAAAGGGAGCUGGCGUGUCAGCCAGGCGCAGGUGACGUGGUCUGCGGCUGGGACCAGGGCAAAUUGAAUUUCAGGAAGGACUCCCCAUCACAGCCAGGACCUUUUAAUCCGUGGAGAGUGGUGGCCUGCUGUCUUUCUUACCUGCUCCACUGCUUUCUCUCCGGAACCUACAUUCCGUCAGUUUCCAAAUGCCUAGGGCCUGGGACGAAUUCGGUGCCUUUCCACAGUUCUUUCUCUUUCCUUCCCGUGUGUUUCCUCUCCAUCUUCCCACCUCUGUCAGUCCUUGAUGUGCUCAUUUUUAUCUGAUUUAUUUCUCCCUCUCUGUCCCCCCUCUUUUUUUUUUUUUUGUAAAGCCAAGUAGCUUUAAGAUAAUAAAGUGGUGGUUUUUUGGAUGAGGGAAUAAUACGUUUUAAAAAAAUACCUAUAUCAGGAAGCCAUUUUUUAUUUCAGGAACUCUAAGAAAUCAUUAUAUUUCAGGUUAUGAAAGUAUAAGCAAGCAUCCUUUCGGGCAAUUUCUUUACCAAAUGCAGAAAUAUCUCUUCUGGGCGCUUUUCUGUUUAAUACGCUUUUCCUCUUGCCACUUACCUUUGCAAAGUAAAAAGAACGGGGGGAGGAGGUGGAAGAUCAAGCUGAGAUGUUUGUUUCCUACCUGUUCGACCCGAAGACCCACGGGCUGCCCUUUUCUCCGGGUGCCCUGAGGAGGUCCUUGAGCAGCCUCCAAGGCAAUCCUGUAGUUACAAAAGCUAGCCAGCUCUCACCAGCUUCCGCAAAGUCACCACGAUGCCAGAAUCAAGCCAUCCUAAAGCACAAAGAUUGUGUCUCUGUCGACUGCAGAGAAAUGAGCAUUUUUGCUUCUCUUUUUUUGUGUUUAAAAAGCCAACACUGAAGCAGAUGACCCAGUGAGAGAGGCCCCGGGCCCCAGGGGGACGCAGCCGACCCCAGGCUGGUUUUCCACACUGCCACAACUUGGUUCAAAGUUGCCCCCAAUUGGAACCUGCCACUUGCCAUUUGAGGGUCUUUCAUGGGGGAGGAGGAGGAGGCUGACUUCCUCUAAGCAGCAACGUGAAAAGUAGGGAAGUCAGCCAUUCGUUCCGGUCCUAAGUGACAGUCAAGGAUUUUUGUGGAACACAGGCAAACCCAUGAAUUUUGGUGCUCCUUGUAUCAGCUCUGCGAAGCAAAGUUACAUUGAGUUAAGUUGUUUGCAUUUGUACUGGCAAGGCGAAAUAUUUUUAUUACCUUUUCUAUUACUUAUUGUAUGAGCUUUUGUUGUUUACUUGGAGGUUCUGUCUUUUACUACAAGUUUGGAACUAUUUAUUAUUGCUUGGUAUUUGUGCUCUGUUUAAGAAACGGGCACUUUUUUUUUUUAAUUAUGGAUAAAAUGUUGAGAUGACAGGAGGUCAUUUCAAUAUGGCUUAGUAAAAUAUUUAUUGUUCCUUUUAUUCUCUGUACAAGAUUUUGGGCCUCUUUUUUUUCCCUUAAUGUCACAAUGUUCAGUUCAGCAUGUGUCUGCCAUUUCAUUUGUACGCUUGUUCAAAACCAAGUUUGUUCUGGUUUCAAGUUAUAAAAAUAAAUUGGACAUUUAACUUGAUCUCCAAA